AUGUCCGACGUCAGCAACACAAAGCCAAAUGGUUUUCAUGGCGACGAUGGCCUCGACCGUGUGCGGACGGCCGGUGCCAUCUCCAUCACCCCUGAGAUGUUCGAGCAGCUCUACCUCGGCCCCAAGAACCAGGUGUCAGGCAAGCUGCGAGCCACCUUUGGCAACCCAGCCCCGAUUGGUCUCGCUGGCUUUAUCCUCUCCACGACACCUCUAUCCAUGGUCUUGCUUGGUUGGCAGGGUGCCGGUGGGAUCUCAGGAGUAGCCAACGUCGCCUCGUACAUUUUCCUGGGUGGUCUUCUUAUGGUUCUGGGUGGCGUUGGAGAAUGGAUUCUUGGAAACACCUUUCCCGCCCUUGUCUUCCUCGUCUUUGGCGGAUACUGGCUCUCUCUCGGCGGGACACUCAUACCUGGAUACGGAGCCUACGCAACCUACUCUACCACGGGCAACCCAGCAGAAGGACUUGAGGAGCCGGAGUUCUUUGCCACCUUUGCGUUCUUCCUGGUGGCCAUGGCCAUGGUAUGCUUCGUCCUCGCCGUCGCUGGUCUGAGGACGAAUGUGGUUCUUCUGGGCAUCUUGACGUUGUUGGUGCCGACAUUCGCCACCCUGGCAGCUUCCUUCUUCGCCGCCUCCAAGGGCAAGCUGGGCUUGUCGCUCACGCUCCAGCAUGCCGGGGGUGGCGUGCUUUUCGCGGUGUCCAUGCUCGGCUGGUACAUAUUCUUUGCGCAGGUGCUGCUGUCGGUCGAGUUCCCCUUUGCUCUGCCGCUUGGAGAUCUCUCCACCCUGGUGUCUGGUCGAAGCAUCCGGACGCAUGGAAAGAGUGAGGUCUAG